UAACUAUUGCUGAUGAAAUGGAGUUUUGUAGCAGAUCCUCCUUUCCCCUUUGGAGCCCAGUACCCACAGCAACCUCCCAGCCUGGCACAGACCCUUGGUGGAUGUGGGUGCCAGAACCACUGAGGGGGCCUCCAGCUGCCUCACCCCACUCCAGCUGCACCCAUGGGAGGAAGCAGCCACGGAGGGAAGGAAGCAGAAGUACCUCCCCAUGCCACUCCUCCCCUCUGCUGCGGAGCUCCCGAGCACAGCAUGCACCAGGCUGAGGGUGCUGCUGCCUUGAGAGCUUUUCGCUGGUCUUUACGUGCCACGUACUACAGCGUACUACAGUACUACAGUGCUGCCGACCAUGGCCUCUACCCUGGAGAAGUUCAUUCAUUCUCUGGACCUCAGAGCCCUUCCCAGGGUCCUCCAAAUCCAGUCAGGCAUCUAUUGUCAAGGCUCUGUCUAUGAGAUGUUUGGAAACGAAUGCUCCCUGUCAACAGAAGAAGUCAUUAAAGUUAUUGGCUUCAAAAUUAAUAAGCUCAUAGCAAGUAUCUGUGAGAAGAAUGAAGUCAGCCAGUUUUCAGCCAAAGUGGAAUUACCACUAAAUUUUCCUGGUCUUUAUAAAGUUGUGGCAGAUAAGACUCCAUAUGUCAGCAUUGAAGAGAUUGUAAGAAAAGUCUCUAUUGGGCCAACAAGGUUUGGCCAUCCUUGUUUCUACAGCACUGAGGAUAUACAAUUGGCAAACUUCACUAUCAAGCAUGAUGAGCAGAUCACCUUCAACUCAGUGGAAGAAGUCCAUGGAACAAUGGCUGUGAACUGUGUCGUGGUCAGAAAUAACCAGUCUCAUUCCUUUACUUUGCCCCUUUCACAAGAGGGUGAAUUCUAUGAGUGUGAAGAUGACCAGAUAUACACCCUAAAAGAGAUUGCAGAAUGGAAAAUCCCUAAGUGUAGAAACCGGAUUGUUAAACUUUCCAAUACUGUACAUAUGUGGGACUCCUCUAGUCCACUUCCUGAGAAUUUUGAUGGCUGUUUGAUUCUCAUGCCUGUCUAUGAAGUGCAGGCAGUAACGAAAUUUCGAAAGGACAUAGUUCAUAUUCUCUCAGAUCUGGAUGUUGAGGUCAAGGAUAUAACAGACUGUUACGAUAUUAGCUCUUUCCUUCAGCCACUUUCUUUGGAAGAUAUAUUUGAGAGAACAAACAAAGACUUUCCUAUGGUUGCUGAGAUAAUGGAAGGGCCUUCGGGAAGCCAAAAACCUUAUAACUUAUUGUCUACAGGGAAAGAGAUUGUCAUCUACAAAAAGUACCAGGCAGCAAGAGUCCUAGCCUCUGAGAUGAGAAGUGAUUCCUCCAAAAGACAUUAUUUAAUCCCUAUGAGCUACAAAGGAAAGUUCAAGAGAAGACCUCGGGAGUUUCCAACUGCCUAUGACUUAGAGAUAGCAAGAAGUGAAAAAGAACAUCUUCAUGUUGUGGCAACUAAAGCCUUUUCUUCCCCUUUUAAAGAGCUUUUAUCUGUUUCAGUUGGAGAUCAAUUUCUAGUUCAGCAAUGCCAGACUAGUGAAGUUCUGUAUGAGGGAAGAAAGAAACUCAUAGAUGUUUUAGCUUGUGAGCAAAUACUUAGUGAUUCACAUAAAAAAGUGCUCCUCCCCAUGUACAUGGAAGGUGGCUUUGUGGAAGUGAUUCAUGACAAGAAACAGUACCACCUCUCCGAGAUUUGCAAAGAAUUCCAUUUGCCUUUCAAUGUCAAAGUGUCCGUGAGGGACCUUUCCAUCGAGAAAGAUGUCUUGGCGGCCGCGCCUGGUCUUCAGUUUGAAGAAGAAAUCACAGACUCUUACUUGCUGAUCAGUAGUGCCAGCAGUCCAGCAGAGAGCUGGGAGAUCCCUGUGUAUCGCUUAAACAUGCUGGUCCAUUUGCUCAGCAAAGAUGUCCAGACAGUUGUACCGCCUGUGACUAGGACAACAGUGGAAGAAGUCAGCAAAGAGGAAUACUAUAUGUUGCGAAGAUAUGAAAACCUGACCCUUCAUCCACCACCCAGGCCUCCCAAAAAGCCUACAGCAGCACCACCACCACAUAUUUUUGCAGUGCCCAAGCAAGGUGUGUCUGAUGUACUACAGGCUCCAAAGGUAAGGUAUCCCGCCUUGUCUUUGAACGUCUUACAAGCACAGUCCCAGGCACAACCACCAAAUCUGUUGUGCGUGGUUUCAAACGGGGGGAGAGGGGUGGGCCAGAAGGAAAAGUCUUUGUCGGAGGAGAGUCGAGAUGCGGGGAAGCUUUCUGGUUUCAUCGCUGAGCCGCGGUGCCGGAGGCGCGUUCAGCGGGAGCGCUCGGCGGAGCGCCGGGAUGUGCCGGGAUGUGCCGGGAUGUGCCGGGAUGGGCCGGGAUGUGCCGGCAUGUGCCGGGAUGUGCCGGGAUGA